UGACGUCUUCCGGCAUUUCCCGAGAGCCGCUGCGAGGAGAGGAGCGUGUGGCGUGUCGGGGAUGCGAAAGCUCUUUAACGCGUGAUUUAUACGACACUUUCGCUUUCUUUUCCUCGCGGAUAGAACGCUUUAGACUACGUUGAUUUACGGGUCCGGUUAGUUACCGUUGCUAUGUCGUUAGACGUCACUGACGUCACUGUUUCAGCUUGAGCAGUCAGGGUGUAUUAUUGUCAGGACUGGCAGGGAUCAUGGGCUGGUAAAGGCACUGAGCCAAAAUGAUGGAUUCCCGCUUGCGAUCCAGUUUAUUUAAGGGUUAAGGAUUAGGGUCAGGGUCAGGGAAUUUGGCUGGGUAGCUCUCAGUGAUCUGGGUGUUUUGGGCGGUGGCAGGGUUUCACAAUCCUCCUCCUGUAUUACUGUCACACUGCAUAGCUGACUGUCACUGCCUGGAGUCAUCAUGCCUGGCAUGGUCGUGUUCGGGCGGCGAUGGGGGAUCGCCAGCGAUGAUCUGGUUCUUCCAGGAGCUUUUGAGUUGUUUAUUCGACUUACGUGGUGGAUCGCAACCCUAACUAUGUACAUAACCCGGAAAGGAAAGUUCGAUUGUUAUGGAGGCACCAUUCUUCACAGCUACAUCAUCGGCGUCCUUGUGCUGCUUGGAAUUAUCAAUUUGACAUUAUGUGCCAUCGUCUACGUCAGCGCUCAAGGAACCAUAAUGAACCCGGGUCCCCGUCGAUCCAUGCCGUUCCUGGUGUAUACUCGUGCAGUCCUUUUCCUCCCCGAGUUUGUGUGGGCUUGUCUAGGAGCCGUGUGGGUGUAUAAUUACAGGACGGGAUGUGACCCGCCUGAAGUCGGGCUUGUAGUUGUUGCUGUGAUCGUCAGCUGGAUCAUCUUUCUGUCCAUGGUGGUGGGCGUGCUGAUUGUGUUUGACCCGCUCGGCAGUCUACGGCGUCCCCCUGUGACGGCCGAGCCUUUAGGCUUGAGGGAUCUGGAAAGUAACGAGUCCUCACAGCUUUUUUACACGGCGCGUUCGCUGGCUCGCAGCGUCUGGGAGAGCCGUCUGCGUCUAGUGUGCUGCUGCCUGCCUCAUGACGACAACCAGAGAGCGGCCUUCUCUAGCAUCUCCCAGCUCAUCAGCGAUUUCUUCUCGGACACGGACUUGGUGCCCAGUGACAUUGCCGCAGGUCUGGCUCUUCUACAUCAGGAACAGGAUAAAAUGCAGCAGUGCAAAGACCCUGAAGACGUCAUUUCUCACAGUCCCUCAUCUCCCAUCAGAGAGGACCUGGAGGCCGAGCUUGAGAAAGCAGCGCAUUACAUGCAGUUUGCCGUAGCCGCGUACGGCUGGCCCAUUUACGUCUACUUAAAUCCCCUGACCGGAUGCUGCAAGCUGAGCGGUGACUGCUGUCAUAACCAUAAUGCGACGGAGUACGACCUGGUCGGCGGUGACAACCCCAGCUGCCAUUUCAGCUCCAUCUUACACAUGACAGAACUACAGUACCGAGACUUCAUUCAUAUCAGCUAUCAUAAUCAGAUAUACGAGAUCCCGUUUUUCGUUGCGCUGGAUCAUAAGAGAGAGGCCGUGCUGGUUGCUGUGAGAGGAACACUGUCGCUAAAGGACGCACUGACGGACCUCUCUGCCGAGUGUGAGAACCUGACUGUGGAUGGUGUGUCAGGAGCCUGCUACGCACACAAGGGCAUUUCUCAAGCUGCUGGGUAUAUCUAUAAGAAGCUGGUCAAUGAUGGCAUCUUGAGACAGGCUUUCAACAUUGCACCUGAGUACAAGUUGGUCAUCACAGGUCACAGUCUCGGCGCAGGCGCAGCAGCGCUGUUGGCCGUGCACCUCCACAGCAGCUACAACACACUGCGGUGCUACGCUUUCUCACCACCAGGGGGCCUCAUGAGUAAAGCGCUUGCUGAAUACUCCAAGCAGUUUGUGAUCUCUGUGGUUCUGGGAAAGGAUCUGGUUCCCAGAUUGAGUAUUCCAAACAUGGAGGAUUUGAAGAGGAGGCUCUUAAAAAUGGUGUCUAAUUGCAAUAAACCAAAGUACAAAAUCCUCCUGCAUGGUUGCUGGUAUGAGGUGUUUGGCGGGACCCCAGAUGACUUCCCGACAGAAAUGGAGAACCGGCGGGAGGAGCAGCUGAGUCAACCCUUGCUCGGAGAGGAGAGCCUGUUGGUGCAUGGGUCCUCCUCUUACCAGAGCCUGAGUUCAGACGACUCCCCAACCCAGAACACCCACCUGCCGCUCUACAUGCCCGGCCGCAUCAUGUACAUCACAGAGGAAGGACCCUCGCGCAGGCUGUGCUUCUCUCAGGUGCGCUACCGUGCCGAGUGGUCGAGCGUGACGGCGUUCAACAGCAUUCUGAUCAGCCCGCGCAUGCUCACCGACCACAUGCCAGACAUCGUCCACAAGGCCCUGCUCAGCCUUACCAAGGAGCGACACUCGUCCCUGUGCCCCUCCUCUACCAGCAAUGCUCACCUGAAUGUCAUCUGAGCUCCUACUACCUCCAGCUUGAAUCCUGAAAUGACUCUUUCAGUGAACGCACAAGGCAGCUGGAGGGAGCUAUGCCAUUUUAAGACUCAAACUUUAAGAGCAGUCGAGCUCUUAGGUUUUUAUUUAUAUAUUUUCAUUUGCCAUUUCAGUGCUGUAUGAUUUUUUUUUUUUUUUUUUUUUAUUAUACAGUACCAUAUUCAUGCAUUGUCAUAUACCGUAUGUCCAGUGUGUAUUUCUGAACAAUAUAAUAUCAUGUUUGUGACUGUCUUUAUUUUUAUCCAUGUGUGGAAAUAGUAAAAAUGGACUUUUAGGACAUGAAAGGGAAAGACGUUUGGGAGUUUCCUGGUUUGUGCUUUGUGUUUUAAAUGUUCUGGUUGAGAGAGAAGCUUGGGAGAUCAGGAGAUCAGUGCAGCACAAUCAGCACACAACUCCAGCACAGAUGCAGAUUUGAUGUACUUUCAGUUUGCAUGAGAAGUAUUAAAUAUGGCCGCGUUUACUUUAAUACAAGGUUUGCUCAUACACUUUAUGGCCAUGAAGUAUUUCAUAUAUGAAUAAACAUCAUAAAGAACCAUGA